AUGAAGUUUGGGGAGGUGUUUAUGCAGUAUCUCAAUGAUGAGAAAGAAGGGUUUCUUAACAAUUCCUCUCACGUUGAAUACAAAAGGCUUAAAAAGGUUCUCAAAGGUUGUAGGGCUUUGAAGGAUGGUUGCUCUAAUUCUGCAGAUGAAGCUGAAGAUGGACAAAUUUCAUCUGAGAUUUGUAAAUGUGAAGCUUGCCCAGUGUGCGAGCAGAAGUUUGUUUCUGAACUGAUGAAGGAAGCUUCGGAUAUAGCAAGUUUCUUUAGCCUGAGCGUUAAACACCUGCAUGCUCUUCAUACGGGUCAAGGGGUAUUCAGAUACUUAUCGCAUCACGUCUGCUUUAGAAGUGACCAGAAAAACAUAGUUCACAUGGGUCAGUCAUUGAUUGAAUAUGUCACAAUGAACACUACUGCUAUGCGCAAGAUCCUUAAGAAGUAUGACAAGGUACAUGGAUCUGUAUACAGCGGGAAAUUCAUGUCAAUGAUGCAGACCAAACACAUUGAGCUUCUUCACUCGCCUUGGUUGAUAGAAUUAGGAGCAUUCCUUAUUAACUGCAACAAAGAAGUUAACGGAACAUGCUUAAACUACCGUGGUCCUUUAUCGAUUGAUCUUGAUUCUGAUGAGCCUGUAAUUUCCAUGAUUCUUCCUGAUUCUUCUGUCAAGUUGGAUUACACUCUCACUUGUCCUAUCUGUUUGGAUCUUCUGUUCAAUCCAUAUGCUUUGAGUUGUGGACAUCUUUUCUGCAAAUCAUGUGCUUGUUCAUCUGCAUCAGUUAUGAUUUUUGAAGGUCUUGACUCUGCAACUCCCCAGUCUAAGUGUCCUGUUUGUCGAGAGGCUGGAGUAUUUGCUAAGUCAAUACAAAUGGUGGAGUUGGAGAUGCUCUUGAGGAAGAGGUUGAAGAACAAGAAGUGUUGGCGAGAGAGAGUAGCAGCUGAACGUGCAGAGAUAGUUAAGCAAUCGAAACAAUACUGGAGCUUACAGACGAAGUAUAUGGUCGGAUAUUCUUGAUUGACUGAUUGAAUCCACUACAAGAACAUUAACUUUGAGAAUCCAUUCAAUUCAAUUCAAACAAUAGUAAGAUUACUUACAAUUUCAAUAUCCUUGGAAAGAUUUUGCUAACUUUCACGGGAAUGAAUCUUUCUGCAAUUGCCUUUGCAGAGACAAUACUAGUUUUUAUGUGGAUUGCAACAUGAUUAUUGUAAAUCUUAAAAAAAAAAACUCUAUUCGUCCUUAUAAUGACAUCUAAUGUCCCAGAAUAUCCUUAAUCUGCCAGGGAUAUACUGUUUGGUGGAAAUUUCCCAUGAUUUUGUUCUUUACUGUCAAGCAUGUAUGGACAAAUUUCAGGAAGAUGGCAAUAUGGCUUUAUUCCUUUCUAAACUAAUAAUUUUGCUGGAUUUUCAUUAAU